AUGUCCGACACUGCUCAGAAGUCACGCACUCACCCACAGAACGCAAACAAGCAUCCAGGCUUGCCUGACCUGCCAGCAAAAGGACGUCAGCGAUGGACUAAGGCCCAGAUAGCAGAGGACAACCGGAUUCUCAAGGAAUCACGCGAAGUUCAAGAGCAGGCCGCGCUUGAGGGGCUGCAACAGCUUGCAGCCAUGCAGAAAGAAAUGGAAAAGGCGGAGGAACUCACCAUCGUGAACAAGCCGAAGCCAGUGAAACCUUGUGCCCGCCCUGUCAUGAAGCGAACGGCGCCUGAUAAGAAGCUCCUGACAACAGGAAACGCUGAUGAAAGUGGUCGAGAUGACAGUGGUUAUGUUCAAGAUGACAGCGGUCAUGUUCAAGAGGAAAUCAGUGAGAAGUCGAAGACUCAAAAGCGUGGCAAGAUCUCACUAAAUGAUGCCAUCAACAAUGCCCGAGAUUUGAUCGCAAUGCCAGGAAUUAGAAGCCAGGAACCACAUGUCGAAGACAAGAAAGGAAAGUUAUCUGCCGCUGUCUUCUUAGAUAGAUGA